UCUCCCUGAACACUCCCUCUAUCUUCAACCUCCAGUACCCCCUUCCUGGGGUACAUGGUACAGUUCUGCAAUAAUGGGGUGAGUCUAUUUUGGACUGGCAGGGGGGGAGGAGUAAUGGAUAGGUAAGUUCUAUGGAAAGUCAGUGUGCACUGUGUGCAGUUUCUCCUUCAGCGACAGCAGCAGCCAGCAGCCUUCCUUCCUUUCUCCCUGAGAUGACCCUGGAGAAAACGGACGCUGUGGAGGUGUUCGCGGCUGGAGAGAAAGGCCGCGGUCUUCGGACCACCAAGGAGAUGCUGGCUGGUGAAGUGGUCUUCUCAGAGGCCGGCUUUGCUGCUGUGGUCUUUGACAGUCUGUCCAUGCAGGUGUGUCACAGCUGCUUCUGCAGACAAGCCAACCUGCACCGCUGCGCUCAGUGCAUGUUUGCCUGCUACUGCGACCGUACCUGCCAGGGUGCCGCCUGGGAGGAACACAAGCAGGAGUGUGCUGCCAUCAAGCGGCUUGGAAAGGCGCCCAAUGAGAACACGCGUCUGGUGGCCCGUAUCUUAUGGCACACACAGAAACACACAGGAAAGGUGUCAGACAAUCAGUUGACCACCCUAGACCUCCUGGAGGACCACAUCUCUGACAUGGCCCCAGAAGACCUAAAAGAACUCAAGGUGGCUGUCCACAACUUCCUGGAAUACUGGCCAAGCAACAGCAAGCAGUAUGGAGUCGAGUACAUCUCACAUAUCUUUGGUGUGAUCAACUGCAAUGCGUUCAUUCUGAGCGACCAGAGGGGACUUCAGGCAGUGGGAGUGGGCAUCUUCCCAAACCUCUGUCUGGUCAACCAUGACUGUUGGCCAAACUGCACUGUCAUCCUCAACCACGGCAAUCAGACAGCUCUGGACACAGCUUUCCACUCACAGAGGAGGAUUGAGCUGCGGGCCCUGGGAACGAUCCUGGAGGGCGAGGAGCUGACGGUCAGCUACGUGGACUUCCUGAACCUGUCCACAGAGCGGAAGCAGCUGUUGAAAAAGCAGUACUAUUUUGACUGCGAGUGCGAACACUGCAGCCAUGGCAUCAAGGAUGACCUCAUGAUGGGCACCCAAGAGAUUGGUGGCAAAAAACCCUCUGUUGACCUGGUGAAACAGGUGGCAAACUUUAGUCUGCAGGCACUGUCCAAGAUAGAGCAAGCCCACACAGAGAGAAACUUUCAUGAGGUGGUUCAGAUCUGCCGCGAGUGUUUGGAGAAGCAGGAGCUUCUGCUGGCGGAUACUCACCUCUAUGUGCUGCGUGUGCUCAGGAUGAUCAGUGAGGUACUCUCCUUCCAGCAGCAGUUCCAGGAGGCUGCGGAAUACGCACGCAGGAUGGUGGAUGGCUACGCGAAGCUCUAUCCCCCAAACAAUGCCCUUCUGGGCAUGGCCACUAUGAGGGCAGGUGUGACAAACUGGCAUGCUGGUUUGAUCGAAGUGGGCCAUGGCAUGAUCUGUAAAGCUUAUGCAAUCCUCUUGAUUACUCAUGGACCUCACCACCCAAUCACAAAGGAUCUAGAGCGCAUGCGCACUCAGACAGAGAUGGAGCUGCACAUGUUCAAGCAGAAUGAGAAGGUAUACCACAGCAUGCGAGAGGUGGCCGUCCAUAACAAGCCUUCAGCCUCUCAGAGAGGAAAGGUCCAGUGACGAACCAGUGGGGUGUUCACAACAAACACACCUUUGAAUGCUUGCUCACUCUUCUUUAGCCACCGUAAAUUAAGCAAGUGGUGUAAAUUGGACAGAGCAGACCUUUUUUCCGUGGGCCUUAUUCUUGCGUAUUUUGCCACAUUACACAAUUGUUUGCAUCAGAUGAGUUUGGUAUUUCUGUCACACUGGAGUUGAAAGCCCUCAGCGCAGUAAUUAAUGGAGUCUGUGUUAAAUUAAAUUACCUGCUUUAUUGCUGAAAGUGGAACAAAACCAAUGUUUAAUGUUUGGAAAUUACUCUGACAUGGAACAUUUUUGUGUAAAUAAACAUGAAAUUGCCCAGUGAGAAUUAUGAAUAAAGAUGUCUCCUGUUCAAUAUA